AUGGACGUAGUGCCGCUCAUGGAGGGCGGCUUCGUCAACAUCCUUGUUCUGGUGUCAGUGACGAAUUGGGGCCUGAUGGAGAAGGUGUGGGAACACGCCGAGGGGGACUCGAGUCGAGACGAAGCUGUCGGAACACCCGGAGAAGAGAAGAACUUCAGCUCUUGCAAGGAGAAGAGAAGAAAUUCAGCUCUUGCAAGGAGAAGAGAAGAAAUUCAGCUCUUGCAAGGAGAGGAUGAAGAACACGGUGGGGGGAGAGCAAAGGCAUCGCCAAGUCUGUCCUGGGGAGCAACGUGCUGCAGCGGUAUCUCCAGCACCCGCUGGUGA